AUGCUAUCCUUGAUACUACCACUUAUAUCAAUUACUACAAUUUUAGUAAACAAUUUAUAUCAAUUGUACACCACUGCAACAACAAGAUAUUAUAAAAGUGCCACCACCAGACACUCACCCUUAUAUUCUACUUUACUCAUUGUCUUACCAAAAUUAAAAUCGGUGCAGCCGCCUGUAGCUAACAACCAGCAGCAGCAGCAACAGCAGCAGCAACAACGUGAUAACCUGACAAAUAAACCAUACUGUUUUACAUGUGGUAAAGAGUUUGGAAUAUUCACAUCAAAGAUUGCCUGUGAUCUUUGUUUCAUUAGUUUCUGCUUGCCGUGUAUCACCAAGCUAUCGAGUAAAGACAUCACAGGUGUCUUGCGUGAAGGUCAAACCAAGAACUACUGCAGUGGCUGUGUAUUCAUUGUGAAGCGCGAAGAGAGCAGUCGUCGUCACGAAGCAAUGUUACAACAGGCAAGAGACGAUCCACUCUAUCAAACCUAUUGUGAGAUUACACUCGUAAAGAAAGCAAUUCAUGCUGGAAUGCCAAGUUUCGAAUAUUUAGCAUCUUCAGUAACAGAUUUUACGAGAGCAUCGUCAAAGAAUAAGGAAACAUUCAUCAUUAAUCUACCAAAGUUUAAAACAAUUCAAAAUCAAAUUUUACAUUUAGAAAUGAAUACAGCAACCAAUAUAUAUACAGUUUUAUGUAGGAAUGCAAUAGAUAAUCAAUUGAACAGAGAGUUCUGGGAUAAAUAUCAAGUUCCAUUCCAAAAUGCAAUUAGAAUCUGUAGGAGUGAUCUAUUCAAUGCUACCGUACGAUGCGGUGAGGAUUGGGAGAAACAUAAGAAUUUAGUAGAUAAAUCUAUUUGUCAAACCGAUUCAUCUUUUUUAGGUUUAGCUGAUCAUCCAUCAAAAGAAUUCGAAGCAACAUUAAUAAGAAAGAAUGCAGAGCUCAUCAAAAAGAUGAUGGAACAGAUAACAAUGAGAGUGAAACCCGACGAACUAGUUCAAUCGAAAGCUGUUCUAAACGAAUUACAUCAAUUAUUAACGAAUGCCUAUAAUAAAGGUUUACAAUUUUAA